CCUAACGGGUCUCUACGGUGGUGAUAACUAGCGUGCGCUUCUCACAAUCCUUUCAUUAAACCAUCACCACCUGCCAUUCUUGUUGACUAAAAAACUAUCCACGGCUUAUUUUAGACUCUUCCACUAGCCUAUAUCGUUGGAAAUUCAACGGUAACAAGGAAAAUGGAAUGAGUGGUUGCUGAAGAAUUCUUAAUCUUCUCUCGCAAGCAGAUCUUGUCGUCUCUUCAGCAACCCAAUAAAACCCAUCGAAGUUCUCUCAAAAAGAUAAUUAGCUCCUUGCUGGGAAUGCUUGAUAUGUUUUCGUCUUCUUUCUAAGGUCCCUAGGAAAACAAUCAAGCCAUGGAUACAAACGACCAUGUUGUAGAUACUAAAAGUGCGGGCAAUCUGGAGGUUAAUGGAGUUUAUGAAGGGGUCUCAAUCAGUGGACAGGAAAUGCAAGAGAUAGAAAAUGCCACUAAAGUUAUAGCCAGAAUAGACCUUGGCAUAGCGUACUCUUCUGAGAAGUUGGCAAACUUGCAUGUACUUCUGAUGCAUCUUUUGUCUUGGGAAUUGGACUUUGAAGUAAUGGCAGCGGAAAAUGGCUGUAUUACAGCUACCACCAUCGAGAAGGCAUUGGUAUUUGAUUUUUUGUCUAGCAUUUUAGAUUCAGAGGUUAGAGAGGUUGAAAGUUUCAUGGAUAUGCUCCAAGCUGAGAUCGUUGAUGCCCGCUGUAAAACAUGUUCAUGCAGACAUAUAAAAGAAAUUAGUAUGACAGAAGAGAAGUUGAGUUAUUCUGAAGAAUCAUUGAAGCAGUCUCAAAAUAGGAUCUCGGAGAUGAAGAUGCAGUUAGUCGAGUUGCAGAUGGCCUUUUCUCCUUUCAGGCAUGAGAAAUGGAAAAAGGACCAAGCAAUAGAUUCAUUUGGCAAUGGUGAACUUUCAAAUGUUGGUGCAAACUCUGAAAGCAAAACAGCCGAGCAAUUAAGGCAUUUUCUCAGGAUGCUGGAGAAGUCUCUUGCAAGAGAGCAGGAUCUUGAGAAGAAAUUAUCAGAACUAAGGCAAAAUGAAGAACAGCUGAAUUUGAAGUUACACUACACGGAACAGGUCGCUUUACUCAUGGAAGAAGCUUCAGAAGUGGUGUGGGGAAGGUUUUUAGAAAGUGAUAAUCUUGGUGAGGUGCUUAUGGGGAUCUCAAAGAAUUUGGUUGGCCAAAAUCAGAUCAUCCAGUUUAAUCUUAAUGGUGCAAUUCAACGGGAAACCGAGUCAAAAGCUAGACUCAAAGAUUGCAUGGAGCAGCUGAAAUCCAAAGAAACAACUGUAGGGAAGCUUGAAAACCGUAUUACAGAAUACAUUGUACAGAAUUCUGAAGUGGUUACUUUGAGAAAAAGAGUAAAAUUACUCGAGGAACAACUGAAAAAAUCUGAGAUCAAUUUAACAAAUGCAUGUGCUUCCAAUGAAGAAAGUCAAGAGCAACUGUGCGAAAUGGGAAAUAUAAUCGAGACGCUGAAAGAAAGCAUUUAUGAAGCAGAAAGUAGGGCCGAAAGUGCGGAAACUAAAGUAACACAGUUAACUGAUACAAACUUAGAGCUCACUGAAGAGAUAAAUUUUCUCAAAGGUAGUGAUGAUAGCAAUGUGAAAAAGGUAAGCUUACUUGAGAAGCAGUUGAGGGAGUCAGAAAUCCAACUACAGCAGGCCAAGGCAUCUUCUGAAGCAAGUCAAGAGCAACAAAAUAUGCUGUAUUCUGCAAUUUGGGAUAUGGAAACUUUGAUUGAAGACCUAAAAUCAAAAGUUUCAAAAGGUGAGAGUGCAGAAGAGCGGUGUGUUACAUUAUCCAAAUCUAACUCGGGACUUAAUAAAGAACUAAGUUUCCUCAAUGCCAGAAUGGAAUGCUUGCAGACAUCUCUGGAUCAAGCUAACAACACAAUGGUUGCAAGUGCAAAAGUAAUUGACCUUAGGUCCAGGCUUAUCACUGAUACAAUCAUGCAAUUAUCGACUGAAAGGAAGCGCAUCCAGAAGCAGUUGUAUGCAUUAGCAAGGGAGAACAAGAUAUUGGUCGAGAAGUUAUCAAAUUCGAACAACACCUUGUUGUCCAAAGGCGGAGAUGCUAAUGAAAAACAUCAGCAUUCCGAAAAUGAUUCAAUGGGUGCGGCUUGUACAUUGGAAUCUUUUUGAAUGAUAUCCAUAUCCAAAAGUUCUCUGGCAGGUGCAGUACCAUUGAAGAGGGGUCUUGCAGUGUCUGCAGAAGCAACACCAUCUUCUCAGAUGACUGAGAGUGCUGAAAAUCAAAAUGGAAAAUGUUCAAGUCAUGCUGGGUGCGGCAGGUUAUGUCCUCCCAAGUGCAAAUUGAGUUGUAUUAAAGGCGUCUGCUUCUGUACUCACUGCUAACUCAUGAUUAAUCUUUCUUCAAUUUUAUGGAACCUGAAUAAUAAUAAUAAUAAUAAUAAUUAAGGCCUUUUUUUGCCUCA